UACGAUUUUCAGAGGCGACAGCAGGAUGGGGAAACAAAAUGGGAUUUUUCGAUAUGCAGAUGGAAAGGACAAGCUACUGAUGUUGUGUGGGACUUUGGGCAGCAUGGGAGAUGGACUGCAGAUCCCUCUAACGAUGUAUGUUCUAAGUUCAGUGAUCAAUGACUACGGGAAACUAAACACCAGAAUCACUACUAGUUUGGUUGACAAGUAUGCACUCAGGCUACUCUAUGUUGCAAUUGGGGUGGGAUUAUCAGCUUUUAUUGAAGGAUUAUGUUGGGCAAGAACAGCAGAAAGACAGACUUCUCGUAUGAGAUUAGAGUACCUGAAGUCCGUUCUGAAACAAGAAGUCGGUUUCUUCGAUUCACAAGAGGCAGAUUCAUCUAUUACAUUUCAAGUUAUUUCCACGGUCUCGUCCGACUCCAACACAAUCCAAGUUACCAUAGGAGAGAAGAUACCUGAUUGUGUUGCCUACCUGUCGUCCUUCUUUUUCUGCCUGGCGUUUGCGUUCAUACUGUCAUGGAAGCUCACUUUGGCUGCCAUACCAUUCACCUUGAUGUUCAUCAUCCCGGGACUUGGAUUUGGUAAGAUGAUGAUGGACGUGGCAAUAAAAACAAUAGCAUCAUAUGCAGUCGCAGGAGGCAUCGCAGAGCAAGCAAUUUCUUCCAUCAGGACGGUAUACUCCUACGUUGCAGAGAAUCGAACCCUUGAGAACUUCAGCAAUGCACUGCAAAAUACAAUGGAGCUAGGAAUUAAGCAAGGCAUGGCAAGAGGUUUGAUGAUGGGAAGCAUGGGAGUCAUCUACAUUAGCUGGGGGUUUCAGGCAUGGAUAGGCUCACUUCUCGUCAGCCAAAAAGGCGAAAAGGGCGGAGACGUAUUCGUAGCAGGAUUCAAUGUGCUCAUGGGAGGAUUAAAUAUUCUGACUGCCCUUCCAAAUCUCACUGCAAUCACAGAAGCAAAGUCUGCAGCCAUUCGAAUAACAGAGAUGAUCGAUAGAAGACCAGCCAUAGAUUCUGAUGAUAAAAAGGGAAAAGCUCUGUCUUAUGUGAGAGGGGAAAUUCAAUUCAGAGGAGUAUACUUCACUUACCCUUCAAGACCGGAGACAACCAUUCUGCAAGGCUUAGAUCUUACAGUUCCAGCAGGUAAAACUGUCGGUCUUGUCGGAGGCAGUGGCUCAGGAAAAUCUACCACGAUUGCAUUGCUGCAAAGAUUCUAUGACCCAAUAGAAGGUGAAAUAUUAUUGGAUGGAUAUAAAAUAAAUAGACUCCAUCUCAAAUGGUUGAGAUCCCAAAUGGGACUGGUUAAUCAAGAACCAGUCCUCUUCGCAACAUCUAUUAAGGAGAAUAUAUUAUUUGGUAAGGAGGGAGCAUCAAUGGAAGAAGUAGAGAAAGCAGCCAAAGCAGCAAACGCCCAUGACUUCAUAGUAACACUACCAGAUGCAUACGAAACUCAUGUUGGACAAUUUGGAGUCCAAUUGUCAGGGGGUCAAAAGCAGCGGAUAGCCAUAGCAAGGGCCUUGAUAAGAGAUCCACGAGUACUGUUACUUGAUGAAGCUACAAGUGCACUUGAUACAGAGUCUGAGCAAAUUGUCCAGAAGGCUAUAGACCAGGCAUCCAAGGGGAGGACAUCCAUUAUUGUUGCUCAUAGACUCUCUACAAUCAGAAUGGCCAAUCUGAUCGUGGUUCUCAACUCAGGAAAAGUCGUUGAAUCAGGCUCGCACAAUGAGCUUAUGCAGCUGCAUGGUGGAGAGUAUGUCAAAAUGGUAGAGCUGCAAGAAUCAGCAACUGCAAACACUGCCACAACCAGCUUAAAUUAUCCAAUGGGAAGAAAUCAGUAUAGGAUGAUGAUACCUCCUCCCAGCCCAGCAAGUGUGAUGUCAAGCCCACGUACUCCUUCCGUGCACCCAUUUAGCCCUGCACUUUCCAUAAGUACACCUUAUUCAGCUCCUUACUCUGUUCAAUAUGAGGGGGCAUAUGAUACUGAUGAUGAAGAUACACAGCAACCGGCGUAUCCAGCUCCAUCACAAUGGCGGUUACUGAAAAUGAACAGACCAGAAUGGAAAAGAGCUUUACUCGGAUGCUUAGGAGCAAUAGGCUCUGGAGCAGUCCAACCAAUAAAUGCCUACUGUGUGGGGGCACUUAUAGCAGUUUACUUCAGAACAGAGAAACCAUCAAUUCCAUCUCAUGCAAGGAUUUUCUCUUUUAUAUUUUUAGGCCUCGGAUUCUUCAACUUCUUCACCAACAUUCUCCAACACUACAACUUUGCUGUCAUGGGAGAAAAGUUAACUAAAAGAGUCCGGGAGAUGCUUCUGAAGAAACUGAUGACUUUCGAGAUAGGAUGGUUUGAUCAAGAUGAGAACACAAGUGCUGCUAUAUCUGCAAGACUAUCCACAGAGGCUAAUACAGUUCGUUCACUUGUUGGGGAUCGCAUGUCACUGUUAACUCAAGCAGUUUUCGGAGCUACCUUUGCAUACGCUCUGGGGAUUGUUUUAACAUGGAGGCUAGCCCUUGUCAUGAUGGCAGGUCAACCCUUACUCAUCGGAAGCUUUUAUGCAAGGAGUGUUCUGAUGAAGAGCAUGUCUGCAAAAGCUCAAAUAGCACAAAAGGAGGGAAGCCAACUUGCAAGUGAAGCAGUCAUUAAUCACCGAACUAUAACAGCCUUUUCAUCUCAGAAACGAAUCGUUGGGCUCUUCAGAGACACACAAGAAGGCCCAAGAAAGGAGAGUGUCAGACAAUCUUGGUUUGCAGGAUUUGGCCUCUUUAGCUCACAAUUCCUCGCAGCAGCUUCAACAUCCUUAGCUUAUUGGUAUGGGGGCAGGCUACUGGUACAGGGGUUGAUCACUCCUGAGAGACUUUUCCAAGCAUUCCUAGCACUUCUAUUUACAGCAUACACCAUUGCAGAGGCUGGAAGCAUGACAAAUGAUUUAUCCAGGGGAAGCAAUGCUGUUCGAUCCGUCUUUGCCAUCCUUGAUCGGCAGAGUGAGAUUGACCCAGAGAACCCGUGGCAACCAGACGCAAGGAAGAGCAGCAGAAUUAGAGGCCGGGUGGAGCUAAGAAAUAUUGUCUUUGCCUAUCCAUCAAGACCUGAGCAGUUCAUCUUAAAGGGCCUCAAUCUUAAAAUCAGUGCAGGAACAACUUUAGCAUUAGUUGGCCAAAGUGGUUCAGGAAAAUCAACAAUCAUUGCCCUCAUCGAGAGAUUCUAUGAUCCAAUUAACGGCUCAGUAACUAUUGAUGACAGGGACAUCAGAGAUUACAACUUGAGAACAUUGAGAUCACACAUUGCAUUAGUCAGCCAGGAGCCUACCCUCUUUGCAGGAACCAUCUACGAUAACAUUGCCUACGGGAAUGAUAAUGCAGGGGAAUCAGAGAUCAGAAAAGCAGCACAACUUGCAAAUGCACAUGAAUUCAUAAGUGGAAUGAAAGAUGAAUAUCAAACUUACUGUGGAGAAAGAGGAGUUCAGCUCUCUGGAGGCCAGAAACAAAGAAUAGCAUUGGCCCGAGCCAUCUUGAAGGACCCUGCAAUCUUGUUACUUGACGAGGCAACUAGUGCUUUGGAUAGUGUGUCAGAAAGUUUGGUACAAGAAGCACUACAGAAGAUGAUGGUUGGUAGGACAUGUAUCGUUGUGGCUCACCGGCUAUCCACAAUAAAGAAAUCGAACACCAUUGCUGUGAUCAAGGAUGGGAAAGUAGCAGAACAAGGAUCACAUUCAGAUUUAAUGGCAAUAGGAAAUCGUGGCUCAUAUUUCUCUCUAGUCAAGCCACAAGGAGGGAACUCUCCUUACCGCUAAAAUUAGGGAUAUAUAAAAUUUAUAAAUUAAAGAACCAGGUCUUCAGAUCCAUGGUUUCUCACCUAUGUACUUCCUGGUAAUAACUUCAGUAUAAAUUUUGUAAUUCGGAGAGGAGAAAUUCUAUA